GGAAUACUCACUCAAUAUAUCACCAUGGCACAGGCAGUUGCACAUACCAAAGGCGCAGAGCUGGCCACAGAUGCUCAUGUGAAAUAUGUUCUCACUCUGGAUACCAAAACCGAUGAGCUGGACUAUUGGAUGACAGAGCACUUGCGGCUAAACGGUGCAUACUGGGGCCUAUGUGCACUCCAUUUUCUCAGCCAUCCUGAAGCUCUGCCGCGCAAGGAGACUAUCGACUUUGUGCUGUCCUGCCAGCACGAAAAUGGCGGUUUUGGAGCUGCCCCUGGGCAUGAUGCGCACAUCCUCUCUACUGUAAGUGCGGUACAGAUCCUCGCUAUGGUGGAUGGCUUUGAAGAGCUGGAAGCUCGGGGAAAGGGAAAGGCCAUCGUUGGCAAGUUCAUAGCGGACCUUCAGAAUCCUGAUAGUGGAAGCUUUUAUGGCGACGAGUGGGGUGAAGAGGACACGAGAUUUUUAUACGCAGCUCUCAACGCCCUGUCCCUCCUCGGUCUCUUGUCGCUGGUCGACGUUGACAAAGCCGUAUCACACAUCGUAUCCUGUGCGAAUUUUGAUGGCGGCUAUGGAGCGAAGCCUGGGGCAGAAUCCCACUCUGCCCAGAUCUUUACUUGCGUCGCUGCUCUCGCCAUCGCAGGGCGCCUGGAUCUCGUGGACCAUGAGAAACUCGGCCGUUGGCUUAGCGAGAGGCAGCUUCCUGGCGGCGGACUCAACGGCCGACCUGAAAAGAAGGAAGAUGUUUGCUAUAGCUGGUGGGUCUUGAGUAGUCUUCAGAUUAUCGAUCGCGUGCACUGGAUCGACCGCCAGGCGUUGAUAGACUUCAUCUUGGGCUGCCAGGAUCCUGAAAACGGUGGCUUUUCCGACCGGCCCGGUGACAUGGUGGACGUUUGGCAUACAUGCUUUGGCACCGCAGGGCUGAGUUUACUUGGAUACCCCGGCAUGGAGCCUGUGGAUCCGAGAUACUGCAUGCCCAAGAAGAUUGUGGCAAGAAUUCUAGGAGAGUGAGGAGGAUGAAAGGUAUUGGACUACAAUUGUCCAUCUAAGAUUCCCCCUUUUUUCUUCAAAGUAUAUCUUGCCGUGUCUGAUAGAUUGCGAUAUCGACAAACUGCCCUCGCACUACCUAGUUAUUAGGUGAUUCUCAUUAACAGGCAUCGAGCAACGGCAUCAUGGAAAAUAUAAUACUACGGGAAAGGAGAAAAGGUUACUUGCUCCCAUAAGUAGCAGUUACCCUGUAAUAUCCAACAUAAAUACGACACAUGUAUUGGUUAUGCUUUGUGUUUCAAUAACCUUUGCGCGGUGAGGUGGUAUAGCCUUGGAUUAGCAUUACCCUAGAAACGAAUAAGAGUAGGUAUCUAUCCAAAGCAGGGCACAAAAACUGGGCAACUAGUAUUACAUCUAAUACUAUAUCCUGUAUACAAAAUCACGCUGUAGACGGUAAAUCAAAAGUCU